AUGCACUUCCGCCCCUCUCUAUCACUCUGGCAACAGGUUCCCUACCAGAUUCAACUGCUAGUCCAAGCCCGACUUGCAUCGACCAGCAGUAAUAUUCCUCCUCCUCAGUCUCCGUUAUCAAAUACUAUCAGUGGCGUAAAUGACGCUGAGAAUGUGAAUAAUGGAGGCAGUGGCCAUGGGAGGAGGAAGCUGCAACAGCAAUACCCGUUUCCGAUGCAUCGACACCCGACGCCUCAUCAGAUAUUUCAUCUAGAUGUGGGGGCGUCGCAGGCUGAUAUAAAGUCCAGAUACUAUGAUCUUGUCCGCUCCCACCACCCGGAUUCCCCCCACUGUCGCCUCCUCCCCACCGACCUCGCCCACUCCCGCUUUCAAGCCAUAACCAAAGCCUAUGACAUUCUCCGCAACCCGCACCUACACUCCUUCCGCCAACCGCUUUACCCCUCAGACUCCUUCUAUAGCCACCAUCCUCGCGCCAACCGCCAACACCAGCACCAGCACCAUUAUUCGUACUAUGCGUACGACUCGGAUAUAUGGGCUGCGGAGUUGAAUAGGAGGAGGGCGGAGUGGAGGAAGAGGCAGGAGGUAUGGGGGAGGUAUCAUACGAACGCUCGUGCAAAUACUUUCGGUGGGAUGGGAGGCAUGGGAGAGGAUAUGGCAUUCGAAGGAAAUGGGAAGAACGCGAAGGGUUUAGACGGGAUGAAGGACCCGGUGGUUGUUAUUGUUGGACUGAGUAUCAUCUUCAUAGUCAUCUCUCCCGCCCUCUUCAACGCGGCACCCAUGACAGACCAGCGACAUAUGUCAGCCGUCAAUGCGCUAGCGCAGGCGAGGGAGGACAGAACGGUGUUUGGGAUGGAGAGAAGGCAGCAGAUCCGGAAGAGGGUUUUAGAGAUGAAGGAGGCGAGGGCAAAGGAGGAGGCCGACGCUGAGAUACAGGGAGGUGCGGAGAAGGUUUCCGACGGUUGUACAAAACCAUGAUCUGUAUCUGAGGCUUGACAUGCCGGUGGUUCAGAGGUGACCAACCAUUCACAGCAAGUAUCCUCGCACCUCCUUCCUUUUUCUCCGUCGCUGCUUGUGUAUGAUAUACAUUGUCUCGAUCUUUGUUUAACGUUUAAAGGUGUCACCAAAACAUCGC